CUGCCGAGCGGGGCCGCGGGGGUCGAGCGGCGGCCCGGCGGGGCUGCGGGGUCUUUCAUGAUGAGAACUUCGGGGGUACUUCCCUCUCUGAGUAAUUGAUAGUCUGGGCGGUGAGGAGAUGGCGGACAGUGUUAAAACCUUUCUCCAGGACCUUGGCAGGGGAAUCAAAGACUCCAUCUGGGGCAUUUGCACCAUCUCAAAGCUAGAUGCCCGAAUCCAGCAAAAGAGAGAAGAGCAGCGUCGAAGAAGGGCAAGUAGUGUCCUGGCACAGAGGAGAGCCCAGAGCAUAGAGCGAAAACAAGAGAGUGAGCCACGCAUUGUUAGUCGAAUUUUCCAGUGUUGUGCUUGGAAUGGUGGAGUAUUCUGGUUCAGUCUCCUCUUGUUUUACCGAGUGUUUAUUCCUGCGCUUCAGUCGGUAACAGCCCGGAUCAUUGGUGACCCAUCACUCCAUGGAGAUGUCUGGUCGUGGCUGGAAUUCUUUCUCACCUCCAUUUUCAGUGCUCUUUGGGUGCUCCCCCUGUUUGUGCUUAGCAAAGUUGUGAAUGCCAUUUGGUUUCAGGAUAUAGCUGACCUGGCAUUUGAGGUAUCAGGGAGGAAGCCUCAUCCAUUCCCCAGUGUCAGCAAAAUAAUUGCUGACAUGCUCUUCAACCUUUUGCUACAGGCUCUUUUCCUUAUCCAGGGGAUGUUUGUGAGUCUCUUCCCCAUCCAUCUCGUUGGCCAGCUGGUUAGUCUGCUGCAUAUGUCACUUCUUUACUCACUGUACUGCUUUGAGUAUCGUUGGUUCAAUAAAGGAAUUGAAAUGCACCAGCGAUUGUCAAACAUAGAAAGGAAUUGGCCUUAUUACUUUGGAUUUGGCUUGCCCUUGGCGUUCCUCACAGCAAUGCAGUCCUCCUACAUCAUCAGUGGCUGCCUCUUCUCUAUCCUGUUUCCUUUAUUCAUCAUCAGCGCCAAUGAAGCAAAGACUCCUGGGAAAGCAUACCUUUUCCAGCUGCGCCUCUUCUCCUUGGUGGUCUUCUUAAGCAACAGACUAUUCCACAAGACAGUCUACCUGCAGUCAGCCCUAAGCAGCUCAACCUCCACAGAGAAGCUCCCCUCACCACAUCCAUCUCCUGCCAAACUGAAGGCUGCUGCAGGCCGCUGAGUUUCCUGCUGUCCAAAGGAGAUGGUGGGAUUGGAUGGAGGCUGUGGCAGCUCUUUUUCUUGUUCUCCUUCCCUGCCAGGGAAGGUGGGACCCACUGCCAAGGGCCUCUGCAUAUCCCCUUCUCUUUGAGGAACUGGAAUCUUUGUCUCUGGUGCACAUAAGGCAGGAUUGUCCUGACCCAGUAUGUGGAGUUUUACCACCACCGUGAGUCUGAAAAGACCACAGGUUUUCCAGCUUUUUUCUAGCAUUUACCAGCCCCUGUGCCUGGACAGAUUUGAAUACUUGGUUUUUCUCCCUGUGCCAUUACCCUUUCACCUCUCUUUGCUGCCUUCCAGCACCCUCGGAUGAAUGGGUUUUGUAAUCCUAACUGUUGUAUUUUGUGAAUUUGUUGUUAUUGUUUUUCUGUGAAGCACAUACAUUGGAUGUGGGAGGUGAAGGAGUAUCUCAGUUACUCCUGCUGACUCCCUUACUAGCCAUCACUGUCUUGUUUCUUGUAACUCAGGUUAGGUUUUGGUCUCUUGCUCUAUUGCAAAAAGAAAAAAAAGAAAAAAAAAAAAGAGCGAGCCUGAAGAGAUGGGACAGGACAGACCUCACAGCCAGAUUGGCUGGCUGCUGAGGAAUAAUUUUCUUUCUUCCCCUUGAAGGGGAAAAAGCUUUUUUUCACUGGUACAUUUAAAAUUCCCCAGCUAGGGGAGAUACCAAUUCUGGACAAGUGCCACUGGAAUACAGAAUGCUUGGAGAAUCUGAACUUUUCAACUCUGGAAGAUGAAAAUUUACUGUUGGCCACUGCUGGGUCUGAUUGGUAUUUCAAAGGAAUAUUGGGUACUGCAAAUAGGAACUGAAGGGGGGUAAACUUAUUAAACCCAUUAACCUGUGAUUGAUGAUGUUUCCCUGUCAUUUUAAAAGACUAAGUAGAAGGUGGGAGGUCUGAUGUCAAAAACUUGUACAAUUUUAAAAUGUCACAAUUAAAUGUGAGCUGGUUUCCCAUA